AGCCGCGUUUUACCCAGCGCGGGAUACUCUGAAUACGGAAGUAAGCCGUUGUCAUGUUGUUUUGUUUUACGUGGCGGAAAUACGCAGCAAAACUGCUAUAAUGCGAGGACGUUUGUGAUUAAAGACACUUUUUGGUGCUUACUUUGGAACUUUAAAGCAGGUGCAGCUUCUUCGAGAGAUGGAGGAGCUGUACACAUUAGAAAAGGAAGUCGGGCGUGGUAGCUAUGGCGUUGUCUUUGAGGGCCGUAUAGCCAAAACAGGACAGCGGGUGGCUGUGAAGCGUCUGUCCUGCAAGAACGCAGAAUGCAUAGAACUCUACCUGCAGGAGUUGUGGGCCAUGAAAGUCACAGCCCAGAACCAUGCAAAUGUAAUCGCGUUGCACAGCUGCCUCCUUCAGACCGGGAAGAGAAGUUUGAAGCCUUUGAAAAAAGGCAAGUUGCCUCUGCAUCUAGUGGAAAGUGUGCUGAAAGGGACUGUUGUGGAGACAUUGCCACACGGACAGGAGACAGGUUCCCGGCCUGACUCUGGACGGAGAGCCAAGUCUGAGUCCAGACUUCAAGACAAGACCAACACUCUCCCAUCAAACGCUUCAAAAUCACAAAUGCCUACAAACAGACCCGGGAAGAGGUCGUCUUGGAGGGAAGACGAGCAGCCCCUGAGUUACUGCGCCCUUUGGCUCGUGAUGGAGUACUGUGACGGAGGAGACUUGAAUCACUACCUGCUGUCCAGACCACCUGACGCCCAGCGGAACCACGAUGUGGUGCAGCAGCUCAGCAGUGCUGUGGCCUUCCUGCAUCACCUGGGUAUCAUCCAUCGAGACCUGAAGCCUGACAACGUGCUUGUCAGCAUCAAACCAAAUGGCCCUGUUUUUAAGGUAGCAGACUUUGGUCUGAGCAAGAUGAGUGAAGGCCUGCUGGAUGGUAAUGUGACGAGGAAGCAUUUCUCCUCGACCUGCGGCUCAGACUUCUACAUGGCUCCGGAGGUGUGGGGGGGACUGCCCUACUCGGCCCCUGCAGACAUCUUCUCGCUGGGCGUGAUGUUUUGGGCCGUCCUGGAGAGAAUCACCUUCUUGGAGGAAGGAACCACCCAGGAACAGCUGGGUGCGUACGUGUGCAAGGGGCGCUGGUUGAUGCCGCUGGGCGAGGCUUUGUGGGAGAACGCCGACCUCCAGCUGUGUAUCCCCAUCAAGUCCAAAAGAGCAACCCCGCUGCCACCGCCUCCCGGCCCGGCAACAUGCAGCCUGCUUUUCCACAUGCUCGCCUCAGACCCGGAUUCGCGGCCCCCCGCCGACCAGCUGGAAUCCGGCCUACGUGCCGCUCUGAGAGAGGACUCCUGCUGACACAAGGAGUCCUAAUGGCCACAGCCGCCGCAUGCCAACAUGGCCUGUGGACUGCAGCGUCUUCUCCAGGCACAGAUGACAAGGCUUUUUACCCCAACCAGCCGGACGUUUCCGAAUGAUUUGUUUGAAACCUCCAAUGUUGCAACAGGAAGUGCGGUGCGAUCUUCAAAGUACAGUGGAACCUCGAUUUUUACAAACCCCUCAUUUUGCAGACUUAGCCAAAUAUGCCUCUGUCUGCUUCAUUCGUUCAUUUUGUGUCCCGCUGGCAGCCAUUGAGAGAUUGACGACGCGGGAUUCAUAUCACAGCAAGUUUUAAUCGUGAUGAGACUGGACGGCCAGUGUGCUCUCCUAAGAGUACACACGGCUCCUCCUCCCCCUCCUCAUGUCCUCUCCUUUCCUUUCUCUUCGGCAGCUCAUUUGCCCAUGACGAUUUAAAGUUAAUUUUUUAUUUAUUUGUAUUGUUGUAGCAAUAUGAUUUUGGGAUUUUUGAUUGUUUUGUGUAUCAAUGGGACUUCUGUGUUGGCAGAGCAGCGCAUACAGGACAGUUCAGCUUGUCAUUGUUGAUACAUUGAUAUUGCUAAUAAAGACAAAUAAUUCAUCA